CACACUCACUCACACACACACACACACACACUCGCCCUCACGCACACCACCAGCCGGAGCCUGGGCUGCGGAGAGGGCUCCCGGGCGCGCUUAGAGGACCGGGCAGCUGCUGUCCGGAGUGGGGCAGGAAGCCGAGCUCCGGCUUUUGGAGGGAGGCGCCGCGGGGCUAGCCGGAGCAUGGGGCUGGGUGAGCGCUGAGAGUCGCGGCCGCAGCCAUCAGCCCUGGAGAUGACCAGGAGCGGCCACUGCUGAGAACUAUGUGGAGAGAGGCUGCGAGCCCUGCUGCAGAGCCUCCGGCUGGGAUAGCCGCCCCCCGUGGGGGCGAUGCAGACAGCGCGGGACAGCCAGGGGAGCGCGCGGGGGCCGCAGCAUGCGGAAACCCGCUAAACCCGGUGGCUGCUGAGGCGGCCGAGAUGCUCGUGCGCGCAGCGCGCCCCACUGCAUCCUCGACCUUCUCCGGCUACAGGGACCGUAAGUGGCGACUAUGGGCAGACUGGGUUAUUGGACCCUGCUGGUGCUGCCGGCCCUUCUGGUCUGGCGCGGUCCGGCGCAGGGUGCGGCGGCGGAGAAGGGUCCCCCGGCGCUGAACAUUGCGGUGCUGCUGGGUCACAGCCACGACGUGACGGAGCGCGAACUGCGAAACCUGUGGGGCCCCGAGCAGGCAGCAGGGUUGCCCCUGGACGUGAACGUGGUGGCCCUGCUGAUGAACCGCACGGACCCCAAGAGCCUCAUCACACAUGUGUGCGACCUCAUGUCUGGGGCGCGCAUCCAUGGCCUUGUGUUUGGGGACGACACCGACCAGGAGGCCGUGGCUCAGAUGCUGGAUUUUAUCUCUUCGCAGACUUUCAUCCCCAUCCUGGGCAUCCACGGGGGCGCAUCUAUGAUCAUGGCUGACAAGGAUCCGACGUCAACCUUCUUCCAAUUUGGAGCGUCCAUCCAGCAACAAGCCACGGUCAUGCUGAAGAUCAUGCAGGAUUACGACUGGCAUGUCUUCUCCUUGGUGACCACCAUCUUCCCUGGCUACAGGGACUUUAUCAGCUUCAUCAAGACCACAGUGGACAACAGCUUUGUGGGCUGGGACAUGCAGAACGUGAUCACCCUGGACACUUCCUUCGAGGACGCAAAGACGCAAGUCCAGUUGAAGAAGAUCCACUCUUCCGUCAUCCUGCUCUACUGUUCCAAAGAUGAGGCCGUCCUCAUCCUGAGUGAGGCCCGCUCCCUGGGCCUCACUGGAUAUGAUUUCUUCUGGAUUGUCCCCAGCUUGGUUUCUGGGAACACGGAGCUCAUCCCCAAAGAGUUUCCAUCAGGACUCAUUUCAGUCUCCUACGACGACUGGGACUACAGCCUGGAGGCGCGAGUGAGGGACGGCCUGGGCAUCCUAACCACUGCCGCGUAUUCCAUGUUGGAGAAGUUCUCCUAUAUCCCUGAGGCCAAGGCCAGCUGCUACGGACAGACAGAGAAGCCGGAGGCCCCACCACACACCCUGCACCAAUUUAUGGUCAACGUGACAUGGGAUGGCAAAGACUUGUCCUUCACUGAGGAAGGCUAUCAGGUGCACCCCAGGCUGGUGGUGAUUGUGCUGAACAAGGACAGAGAAUGGGAAAAGGUGGGCAAGUGGGAGAACCAGAGCCUGAGCCUCAGGCACGCCGUGUGGCCGAGGUACAAGUCCUUCUCAGACUGCGAGCCGGACGACAAUCAUCUGAGCAUCGUUACCCUGGAGGAGGCCCCCUUUGUCAUCGUGGAAGACAUCGACCCGCUGACCGAGACGUGCGUAAGGAACACUGUGCCGUGUCGGAAGUUCGUCAAGAUCAACAAUUCAACUAACGAGGGGAUGAAUGUUAAAAAGUGCUGCAAGGGGUUCUGCAUCGAUAUCCUGAAGAAGCUCUCCCGUACUGUGAAGUUCACCUAUGACCUCUACCUGGUGACCAACGGGAAGCACGGCAAGAAAGUUAACAAUGUGUGGAAUGGAAUGAUCGGUGAGGUGGUCUAUCAACGGGCGGUCAUGGCGGUCGGCUCGCUCACCAUCAAUGAGGAGCGUUCUGAGGUGGUGGACUUCUCUGUGCCCUUCGUGGAGACGGGGAUCAGCGUCAUGGUUUCAAGAAGCAACGGCACGGUCUCACCUUCUGCUUUUCUAGAACCGUUCAGCGCCUCCGUGUGGGUGAUGAUGUUUGUGAUGCUGCUUAUCGUGUCCGCCAUAGCUGUUUUCGUCUUCGAGUACUUCAGUCCCGUUGGAUACAACAGGAGCUUAGCCAAAGGGAAAGCACCCCAUGGGCCUUCUUUCACGAUUGGAAAAGCUAUAUGGCUCCUCUGGGGCCUGGUGUUCAACAACUCCGUGCCCGUCCAGAACCCCAAAGGUACCACCAGCAAGAUCAUGGUGUCCGUGUGGGCCUUCUUCGCCGUCAUCUUCCUGGCCAGCUACACGGCCAACCUGGCCGCUUUCAUGAUCCAGGAGGAGUUUGUGGACCAAGUGACCGGACUCAGUGACAAAAAGUUUCAGAGACCUCACGACUAUUCCCCACCUUUCCGAUUUGGCACGGUGCCUAACGGCAGUACCGAGAGAAACAUUCGUAAUAACUACCCCUACAUGCAUCAGUACAUGACCAAAUUCAAUCAGAAGGGAGUGGAAGAUGCCUUGGUCAGCUUGAAAACUGGGAAACUGGACGCUUUCAUCUACGAUGCUGCGGUCUUGAAUUACAAGGCUGGGAGGGAUGAAGGCUGCAAGCUGGUGACCAUCGGGAGCGGGUACAUCUUCGCCACCACUGGCUACGGAAUUGCUCUCCAGAAGGGCUCCCCUUGGAAGAGGCAGAUUGACCUGGCCCUGCUCCAGUUUGUGGGUGAUGGCGAGAUGGAGGAGCUGGAGACACUGUGGCUCACGGGGAUCUGCCACAACGAGAAGAACGAGGUGAUGAGCAGUCAGCUGGACAUCGACAACAUGGCGGGCGUGUUCUACAUGCUGGCAGCUGCCAUGGCCCUCAGCCUCAUCACCUUCAUCUGGGAACACCUCUUCUACUGGAAGCUGCGCUUCUGUUUCACGGGCGUGUGCUCCGACCGGCCGGGGCUGCUGUUCUCCAUCAGCAGGGGCAUUUACAGCUGCAUUCAUGGAGUGCACAUCGAAGAGAAGAAGAAGUCUCCAGACUUCAACCUGACCGGAUCCCAGAGCAACAUGUUAAAACUCCUUCGGUCAGCCAAAAACAUCUCCGACAUGUCCAACAUGAACUCCUCAAGAAUGGAUUCCCCCAAAAGGGCUGGAGACUUCAUCCAAAGAGGUUCCCUCAUCAUGGACAUGGUUUCAGAUAAGGGAAAUUUGAUCUAUUCAGACAACAGGUCCUUUCAGGGUAAAGACACCAUUUUUGGGGACAACAUGAACGAACUGCAAACAUUCGUGGCCAAUAGGCACAAGGACAGCCUCAAUAACUAUGUGUUCCAGGGACAGCACCCUCUCACGCUCAAUGAGUCCAACCCCAACACGGUGGAGGUGGCCGUGAGCACAGAAUCCAAAGCCAACUCCAGGCCCCGGCAGCUUUGGAAGAAAUCCAUGGAAUCACUGCGCCAAGACUCCCUGAGCCAGAACCCUGUCUCCCAGAGGGACGAGGGAGCAGUGGAGAACAGGACCCACUCCCUAAAGAGUCCUAGAUACCUUCCAGAAGAGGUGGCCCAUUCGGACAUCUCGGAAACUUCGAGUCGGGCCACGUGCCACAGAGAGCCAGACAACAACAAGAACCACAAGACCAAGGACAACUUCAAAAGGUCAGCAGCCUCCAAAUACCCCAAGGACUGCAGUGAGGUCGAGCGCUCCUACCUGAAAACCAAAGCGAGCUCCCCCAGGGACAAGAUCUACACCAUCGAUGGUGAGAAGGAGCCCAGUUUCCACUUAGACCCUCCCCAGUUCGUUGAAAACAUGGCCCUUCCCGAGAACGUGGAGUUUACAGACGCCUACGCAGACCACGACGAGAACUUCCACAAGGGGGACCCCGUGCUGCCGGCCACCAGGAACCCCCUGCACAAUGAAGACGGACCCCCCAACAAUGACAAGUAUAAGUUCUACUCUAAGCACUUCACCCUGAAAGACAAGAGUCCCCCUCACAGCGAGGGCAGCGAGCGGUACCGACAGAACUCCACCCACUGCAGGAGCUGCCUUUCCAACCUGCCCACCUACUCAGGCCACUUCACCGUGAGGUCCCCAUUCAAGUGCGACGCCUGCCUGCGGAUGGGGAACCUGUACGACAUCGACGAAGACCAGAUGCUCCAGGAGACGGGGAGCCCGGCCGCCCAGGAGGAGGUCUACCAGCAGGACUGGGCGCAGAACAGCACCCUCCAGUUCCAGAAGAACAAACUCAGGAUCAGCCGUCAGCACUCCUAUGACAACAUUCUCGACAAACCUCGGGAGACAGACCUUAGCAGGCCCUCCAGGAGCAUAAGCCUCAAGGACCGGGAACGGCUUCUGGAGGGAAACCUGUAUGGGAGUCUCUGUAGCGUGCCCUCAAGCAAACUCUUGGGGAACAAAAGCUCCCUCUUACCCCAGGGUCUGCAGGACAGCAAACGGAGCAAGUCUCUCUUGCCGGACCACACCUCCGAGAACCCUUUCCUCCGCUGCCAUGGGGACGAGCGACGCUUAGUCAUUGGGAGAUGCCCCUCGGACCCUUACAAACACUCGCUGCCAUCCCAGGCCGUGAAUGACAGCUACCUUCGAUCAUCCUUGAGGUCCACAGCGUCGUACUGUUCCAGGGACAGUAGAGGCCACGACGACGUGUAUAUCUCAGAGCAUGUUAGGCCUUAUGCUGCAAAUAAGAACAAUAUGUACUCCACCCCCAGGGUUUUGAAUUCCUGCAGCAGUAGACGUGUGUACAAGAAAAUGCCUAGUAUCGAAUCUGAUGUUUAGAACCUUCCAUUAAUGUUUUAUCUAUAGGGAAACAUACGUAACGGCCAAUGUUCUGGAGGGUAAAUGUCGGAUGUCCGAUGGUGCCUGCAAAGAGAAGGGGAUUUAGGAAGGUAUUUUUUUUGUUGGUUCUUUUGCACCUGGCUCCACGCCAUACAUAGUCUUCCCCUCAAGGAAUCUUGUGAGGCGUGUGCUGAGCAUAGCAGAUACCGGAUAGGUGAGUCCUUAACCAAAAAAAAAAAAAAAAAAAAAAAAAAGCAAA